AUGGACUACACACUUCUACCAGAUUUAACAGCGUAUAAAAAACAUGCGAUAAUCCAGGUCCAUGUCUCGAGAAAAUGGUCUUUCCAUGGCGCCACUGAAAAUGGUCCCUUGCAGCACAUCGACAUGGUCCUUUCAGAUUGCAAGGGUAAUAGCAUUUAUGCUGAAAUACCAGCAAAUCUUGCCGAAGAAAAGGGAGUACUCAUCGAAACAAAUCAGAUCUACGACAUCAGUCGUUUUAGAGUUACUGCAGCAAAAACAGCCUACAAACCCAUUGAUGGUGACAAGAUGAUACAAUUUACGACUUACACAAUUAUCAAGCCUGCAAGUAACCCACCACCUACAUUUCCUUUAUAUAUCUAUCGAUUAACUCCAUUUGAUGAGAUUGAAUCUCAGAUUCAGCACAAGACCAAAUUCCUAGAUGUUCUUGGAACUAUAACCGAGGUAACUGCUUUGAAGACAGUACACAUACAAGGUCAGCUCAGCCCCACUAUUAUUAGAGACGUAAUGAUAGAAGAUCUAAGCCGCAAAACUCUCAAGAUCACUCUUUGGGCAAAACGAGCAACAUCAUUUACAAUACAAGAUGUGUAUGACCCAGUUAGCAAAAAGCCAAUUCUUGCUCUUUUUGUUGGUUGCCUACCUAAAUUCUACAAAGGUGUUUACUUAAGUGGUGGUGCGGCUUGCCAUUGGUAUUUCAAUCCCACAAUACCUGAAGCUGAAGCGUACCAAAAUAGACGUGGUGGUGAAACAAUUCAGCUGCACCUUCCUACACAACCGAAACAUGCACUACAAACCUUCCAACCUCCAACAAUAGAACAUAAAACUCUGGAGCAACUCCUGACAAUGAACCCAUAUGAUUACCCAGACACGGGAUAUGAAUGCACAGUGACAAUCACCAAAAUAGAUACAUCAAACACAUGGUGGUAUCCAUCAUGCACAAAAUGCGGCCGAAAAACAACUCCACAUAAUACAACAUAUUAUUGUGAUUGGUGUAAAUGGGAUGGCUACAAAUUCAAAUACAAGCUCAAAUUUCGAGCAUCAGAUGCAACAGCCAUGGCACAAAUGUUUUGCUUUGAUAACAUAGCACGAUAUAUUGUUGGCAAAUCUUGCGAAGUUAUCUUACGAUCUACAAAUGCAGCGACACCAAUUCCUCCAGAUUUAGCUCAGAUUGUUUCACUCAAAUUCACCUUUAGAGUAAUACCAGAUGAUAGUUCUUUCAAUAACCAAGACCAGGUCCCCAUUGCCCUUCGCAUCAUCUCUAUAACUACAGCGCAUGGUAGACAACAUGCACUACCAUUGAAGCCAACCAAUAUCAUAGAAGGUACAUCAACACCACAGAACAAGUUACAACUGCAGUUAAUCGAGAACUCACCAUCAAAUCCUUUUCAAAAUUUAUCCACAAGUACUCCACCAACCAUACAGGCUGCAAGGAAGCUAAUAUAUCCACCGCUCAGUAACCCCGUCACAUAUCAACAUACUCCCAAGUCUGAUGACGAAGAAGAAAUUACAGAGGUACUCACAGAUUACUGCACCACAUAG